AUGAAAGGCAGCUCUGCACUUCUCUGGGCUGGUAAGACGGGCUCGGUGGAGACCGCCAAGUUGUGCAUCAAGUAUGACGCCAACUUGAACGCCUACGCCGACGACCACAGGACCGCGCUGAUCCAUGCUGCCGACAAUGGUCACAUCAAACUGGCUGAACUGCUCCUCGCUUGCCCUGCCACCUGUAUCAGCGCGUGUGAUAUAGAAGGAAAUUCCGCAACCUUCCUGGCAGCGAGGAACGACAGUCCAGAGAUGCUCCUCCUGUUGCUCCGCCAUGGAGCUGAUGCUGGUCAGGUUCAUCGUGAUGGUAUGGGCUUGUUGCACAUACCUGAUCUAUCGUUCCGGGUCAUGCGGAUUCUCCUUUGGCACGGAGCCAACCCGGGGCAGAUGGACAUCGCCGGCGACACACCUCUGUCCAGGGCAGUUAAGUCUCGCAGCCUUGCGCAUGUCAAUCUCCUUCUGAAGUGGGCCGCUGGACGCAUAACUGGCCCUGUCGACCUCCCGGAUGAUCCUUUGGUGGUUGCAAUAGAACGCCAAUACGAGGACAUCCUCCGCCUCCUGCUCAGACAUAACCUACAGAGCUUUACCAUGCAUUUGGCCAAUGUUACUGCACUCCCCGUGACAGUCUAA